AUGCUCCACGAGUUUCAUUGCCAAAACCCACUCGCAGCUAAGUCAUUCAAUGAUGAAGAAGUGUUGGCACAAGAUGAACAUCGAUUUUAUCCAGUCUAUGGGCCAUCACUCACUGUAGGGGAGAGGACUAUAACUGCAACACAGGAUGUUGUCGAUCCAGACGGCAAAACCUUCAGUCUGUCGAAAAGCCAGACUUCCAAAGUAGUCGCUCCGAGGUUCAAUCUGCCCCUAUCAGAUGUUCACUCUUUCUACCCUCCAUCUGAGGGACAGUUAUUCAAGGAUUCGCAUCUUCUCUGGGAACGUCAAAUGGGAUCCUCCACACCGCUGAAAGACGGUUCAGAGAGGACACGCAUUCCAUGGUUGGCAUUAUGGGUGUUCCGACCCGACGAGCUUGUCUCCCUGGGUACAGGCAUAUUCGCUGGAAAGACCCUUUCUAGUACAGGAGCUGUUAAUCUUAAAGUGUCGGACGUGAUCCAAGCAGAUAUAUCGGACAUUUGCACGCCAUAUAAGCAUGAAAAGACCUCGCCAAACGAAGUGGAUUCGCAGGCGGAUUUCAUAUGCCUGUUCCAGGCACUUUGUCCCAUCUUACGCGGCCGAUGGCACUUCGACUGGAAAGACCGACUUGACUGGUACCUGGCGCAUGUUCGGAAGGUGGGCAGUGAAUGCCUAAAAGCUGCGGCAGCAUCUGCGACAAGCGACUGCUUCAGUGUGGUCAUUGAAAAUCGCACUGGUUAUUCACAGAAUCAAGAUCCUUCAUCUCUGGGUGCCGUCGCUCAUCUUGUGUCUCUCGAAGGCAUCGGCCCGAGUUUCAACCCAUUGCCCGGCGCCAAGCUGGUCGAGCCUGAGAAUGCCCUGAAAGCAAUCGGUACACCAGCUAGUGGACUCGAAUGGCUACGGCCAAGUCAGGACAAGUAUUCCGGGCUGCUGAGCGCCCAAGAAGCUGACAAACAGCGACGCGGUGUGCUCAUUCCCACCCUUCCUUCCGCUAACAUUGCCCUCAAUAAGCCGAUCCAUCUAUUUUCAACCCAACUACAGAUCCUAUAUACAGAAAUUGGCCUAAUUGACAACUGGUAUACCGCCGCUUGGAAUUUGGGCAAAGCAAAUGCUCUCGCUGAUGAGAACUUCCUGAGCGCAUUUGUCCGGCUUCGUACUACUAUCUAUAAACGAGCACUGCUGGCUGCGAAGGCAGAAGUCAUUGAUAGUCAAGACGAGGCGCCAGCAGUCUUGAAACGCUUAAUAUCUGCAACAGACUCGCUGUUGAAACUGCCUGAUGCCAAGAAGGAUAACCAGUUGAAAUGGUUUAACAGCAUGAGAGUCAAGUUUGCUGAUGCCAUGAAAGUAGAGACAAACAAGCUGGGCCAGAGUGUUUCUGCUGAGCUUUAUGAUGAGCAGAAUAAUCCCUUAUCCUCGGACUGGGCUGCCGUUGUCGCGUGGGUCUAUGAUGGGCUGUUUUUAGCCAAUAUACCUUGGUAUCACUUAUUUAUGGAACCGUCAAGCCUGCCACCGAACUCGAUUCGGUUCUUCUACGUUGAUCCAACUUGGCUGAACGCGUAUCUAGACGGCGCAUUGAGCAUUGGAAACCAUGUGGAAAGCGACCAAGAUUCGGUCCGAGCAGCCAUCAAGCUUCUGCUUCAAAAGUUCUUCACAACGAAGAACGCAAAAUCAGGGUAUCAGCCACAGGUUCCAAUCUCAGGCCUCCUCCUUCGAUCGUCACUCGUCGUAGAUUUCGAAGAUCUGGGAAUCCAAGCGCCUCGAAGAUCAGACGACUCUCGGGCCACAAUAUUGAGACAAGUCAAAUUGGCUCCUGAUAUCUUGUUGGUACUGUUCGACCGGGCACUGACCAAUAUCGAGAUAUGUCAACCUUCUCAUGAACAGUGCUUUUUGGCCUACAACGGAAAGGUCAGCAAUAGGAAAAUCGAGAUGGCGUACAGGAACAUCACCACUAAGCCCACCAGUUCCGACAAUAUGCCCAUAAAGCCAUUUGACACACAUAUUUCAAAGCCAUCAGAGACGAUUCUAAACAGUUAA